GCUUGAAUUGUUAUGUCGAAACUUGUUUGUGCCGUUCCGCAUUAGCAAAAGAUAAUCAUAUGCACUGCACGGAUUUUGGCAGCAUUCUAAACCUGCCAUAGGAACCAGAGAGUUCGCUAUUUGUACACAAUCAAAUUUCCUAGUUCUUAAUCACCAAGCAACGGGAUGCGUAAUAGGAUAGCAAUGGGAUGAGAAAAAGGAUGGCAGCCGACGAACAACUGAACUUAGAUGAGCAUCUUCCGUUUAAGGGGAUAAAACUGGAGUGCAAAAAACAGUUUUUCAAUGGGAGUAUCCUCUUGUUUGACGGACAUUGGAAGGACAAGGAAAAUGAGAAUCAUGGUGCUGAAUAUCAACAUGUGAAAUCGACGGCUCCUGGUCUAAAAAAAGAAGUUGCGAUAAGAAGAAUUAAAAAUGAAAACUGUUUUGAUGGGUGGAAAGAUGUGGCCGACAAACUCGUUGACCUGAAUCACAACAAUAUCCUUCGAGUUUUCGGUUAUGAGGAGGACGUUGCCAGUGGAUGGAGGUAUUUUGCUCUGGAACCGUACAGUGCCACUUUAUACGAAUUUUGCAAUGGCAAGUACGAGGGAGCGAUGCCAAAUGAAUCGCAAGUUCUUUGUCAAAUUACGAACGGGAUUUGCCAUCUGCAUUCCGAAGGAAUUGUACAUGGCGAUCUAAAUCCAUUAAACGUCGUUAUUGCUGCCCAGUCUCGUCCUGUGCGCAUGAAAAUUUCAGAUUUUGGAUUGAGCAAAUUCAGUUACGGCAAAAAGCUGUCGGAAGGAAAAAAAAAUAUUGAUGACUAUGAUUGGGAAGUGGAACUCUGUCAGAGAAAGUAUUGGACACUGUCAGAGAAAAGUGACUCCCUGGAAGGAAUCGAAGACGCAACUGAAGAUGUCAUUGCCGCUGGAUGCAUUUUGUUUUAUUAUCUCACUCGUGGAAAACACCUUUUUGGUGAUGAUUCUGAAUCAAUCUUGAAUAACCUCAAGGAAAAGAACCCAGUCAAUGUAGAAGUAUUGAGCAAAUAUCCCUUUGCCUACGAGCCCAUAAAAAAUAUGAUUAUUCCUCCACGAAGAGGAUUCAGCUGGUUGCAGAUAGCAAAUAAGAAAUUUAAUGCAGCACUUUCACUCCAAGUCAACAACAGCAGUAAACGACUUGGCAACGGGACUUUUGGAGACGUGUACGAAGGGAAAUUUAAUGGCGAUCUUGUGGCAGUCAAACAAAUUAAGACGACAACGGCUCAAAAAGAAAUUAUUCAAAGAGAAAUGUGUACACACAUAGAAUUGGAUCAUGUAAACGUCGUGAAACUCUUGGACGUCGUUGAUUCGGCCGACAACACAUUCACGCAACUGGCUUUGGAAUUGUGUGCCGGGACUUUGGCAGACUAUUGCGAAAACAAAUACAACGGACCAGCACUGCCACCCGAUGAGUUGGUUCUCUACCAAAUCGCCAUCGGAUUGGAUUACAUCCAUUCGAGAAAUUUGGUCCAUCGCGACGUCAAACCGGAUAACAUCCUCAUUUCGAUAACUACGCCCAUCCAGAUAAAAGUCUCGGACUUAUCUUUUGUUAAAAAAACGCGAGAAGAUAUUUUUUCUCAGAGUAAAAUCAGAGGGACUCUUCUGUGGAUGGCCCCUGAAGGGCUUAAGUUUUUAGGUGACCCUAAUAACAUGCCUGACGAUCUCCCAGAUGGAACAAUUAAAAGUGACACGUUUUCAUUGGGAUGUUUAUUUUUCUAUUUCCUGACGCGUGGCGUACAUCCAUUUGGGAACAGCGCGACUGCUCCAGCCAAUAUUUUGAAAAACAAACCAGCGGAACUCGCCAACUACAAGCAAAACGACGUAAACAGAAGAAUCCUUGCUGGUUUGAUUGAGUCUAUGAUUAAAUUUAAAGAAAAAGAAAGGAUUGGAUUGCCUGAGGUCAUCAAAGAACUAGCAAUUUUGUUGUACCAGAAAAAGGAAAAAAUCCAAUGUCGAUUGCGACACGUUGACAUGGCUGGGAGCAUCAUGUAUGCCGUCUGCUCCCACCCCACUGAGCCGAUUUUUGCGUGUAUCAGUAACCAUGAGUUGAUAUUUUACACUGCAGAAAAUUCGUCUAUUCCGUUUUCCAAUUGGAAGAAGAAAGUCAUUUGUCUACCUGAGAUCAUCCAUUGGGGAAAAGUGGAAUCACUUAAAUGGAAUAUUAAUGGGACACAAAUAGCUGUUGGAAGUGUUGACUAUUGCCUUAUUGUUUGGAAUUACCCAGAGUGCCAUGUUCUCUUUGAAAAGCAACUAAAGGUCACUGGAAUUUUAUGGAAUCCAACAAAGCCCAACUUGCUGGCUACUUUUGGACGGCGAUCCAAUCGAGUUUUUGUAUCGGAUUCAUCAACUGGCAACGUUAUCACCACAAUUGACAGUGAAAAGGUUAAGGCUGUGAAGUGGAUUUCGGAAAAUCGAAUCGCCGUGUCUUCUCUUAACGGAAGGAUUCGGAUUUUUGAAGUGGAUGAAAACAAUUUGACAACAACGCGAUUCGUGAAAGAAUUCAGACACGGCAGUGAAUGUGAUCAUCUGGAAUGGAAUGAAAGGACCCAAUAUUUGGCCAAUGGUGGUGGUGACCGGAUUAAUAUUUGGUCCCUGGAUCGUGAUGAGCCCAUUUAUAACCUGCUAAUUGAUGGGGAAAUAGCAGCGUUUGCUUUUCGCCCGCCCAUAGGAAAUGGGGAAGAAGAGGACGGAAUCGAAAUGGCAAGGAAAUCGACCAAAAACUUCAAUUUUGUUUAUGCAUCGCAUUACAAUGGUGUUUUUCUUUGGAAUCCGCUAGAAAACGAACAAAAGCCACGACGACUUUCUGAUGAAUGUGUAGAUUUUCAUUAUACGUUCGCCUUUUCAUCCGAUGGUGGGUUUCUUGCAGCAGGAAGCCUUGAUAAAUUAAUUAUUUGGUCAGCGGAGGACUGGGAACAAAUUUAUGUUUGGGGUAUUCAUGCAAUAGGAUAUGAUUGUUCUUGGCUUUCCACCACAAAUUCUACAAACGUUAACGAGGAUAAAUUUAUGGUCAAUCUUUGGAACAGGCCCAGCACCGUACUUGAAUUUGCGUUGGAGGAAAGUAAAAUUUCUGAUUUAGCUAAUCAAAAUAUUGAAGAAUCCAAUGGGAAUGACGAGGACUUCGAUAGCGACGACGUCAUCCAAAACGCCUAAAUUGGCCAUUCCCCUAAAUGGUACCGAAUAAAAAAAAGUAGGUCCUAAAAAAAAAAAAAAUACUGUCAAAAUAAAAGAUGUUUCAAUUGCAAUUUUCAUCCAAAUGUACGGUGACCCUUUAAACUACGUGUUUGAUUUUUGCAUUCUGCCCUUGUCCUCACUGCCCUACGAAGAAAUCGAUGACCUUUACCGUGGGACUUCUAAAUCGUGCAUCAAUACCACUGCUUCUCUCAAAUUCCUUUUCAG